CUUUCUCCUCCAGCACUCAGGACUCCAGGACUCCUCUCUCCUGAUCUCUCAUUCGGCUCCGUCUCUCUCUGUGAGAAACCAGACCUUUUGCUAGGAUGAAGAAACUGACGGCUCUGCUGUUUCUCUUCUCCCUCUGCUCUCUUCAGCUGGUGCUUAGUGCUCCAGUCGUUUUUGAGCUCAAGACUCAAUGCUGUCCAGACACAACUAAAUUGAGGAUCCCAGUAAAAAACAUUGUGAAAUACCACUGGACCAGCAGUGACUGCCCCAUAAAGGCCAUUGUCUUUGACAUGAACACUGGGAAGAAAUUCUGUGUGGAUCCUACUGCUGGCUGGGUCAAGAAUCACAUGAAAGUAGUGGAUCAGAAAAACAAUGCCACAGUGUCUCUGCAAACCUCUUAUCCUUAGCAAUAGAUAAUUCCAACACAGAACACUAAAUUAAUAUUUACAUAUCCUCUCCUCUAUGCUUCUGGUGUUAUUACGAGAUCAGUAUCACAGUCUGUGUCUUCUUUAUGUUUGUUUCUAUUUAAAUUCCAAAUGAAAUUAAAUAUUGUUGUACAUGUCA